AUGACUAAAUCGGAUAUAUUCCCCGCCACUGGUUUCGGGCUGCUCGGUAUGACAUGGCGGCCCCAAGUCACCCCAGACGUCCAGGCUUUUGCCGCCAUGAAGGCCGCUAUUACCAGCGGCGCCACCAUCUGGUCCUCCUCAUCGGUCUACGGCAUGACCCCAGAGCCACCAACGGCGGGGCUCUGGCUCCUCCGCCGCUACUUUGAGAAAUACCCCGAGGACGCAACCAAGGUGACACUCUUCAUCCGGGCAUGCUUAGAUCCCACGACCCUAUCACCAACGACUACGCGGGCGAGCGUCCGCGCUAGUAUCGAAGAGUGCAACCGCAUCCUAGGUGGAGUUAAGAAAAUCAACGUCUUCGGUCCGGCGCGCAUGGACCGCAAUGUUCCCACUGAGGAGACGCUGGGAGCACUCAAGGAACUCGUUGAGGAGGGUAAAAUUGGCGCCGUGGGUCUGUCUGAGGUAGGCGCUGCGACUAUCCGCCGUGCGCACGCCGUAUGCCCUAUCAGUCUUGUUGAGGUCGAGUUCUCCUUGUGGAGCACCGAUAUCCUUACUAAUGGGGUGGCGGAGACUUGUAAAGAGUUGGGAAUUCCGAUUCUCGCAUAUGCUCCGUUAGGGUAUGGUUUCUUGACUGGUCAGGUUACCAAGCUGGAGGAUAUCCCGAAGGGUGAUAUUCGUCAUAUGUUUGGUCGAUUUCAACCAGCGAAUUUCCCCAAGAACCUUGAGCUUGUUGAUAAGCUCAAAGUAUUCGCUAAGUCUCGAGGCGUCACCCCCGCGCAAUUGGGUCUGGCGUGGAUUCGAGCACAUUCGAAUAUCGGCGGCUGUGGUACAAUUAUUCCUAUACCUGGGGCAACGGCCGCUCAGCGUGUUGAGGAGAAUUGUAAGGUGGUAGAUUUAUCGGCGGAGGAGAAGGGGGAGCUCGAUAGCUUCUUACGGUCGUUCGAUGUAUCUGGAGAGAGGCAAAUAGUGGGAAUGAGCUCGGCUCUUUGGGGAUAG